AUGUUCGCCUUGCGACAAUGUUCAGGCAUCGUUCGCGGAUACGCGUGUGUCGCUAAAAGACUUCAGAAAAUUGCUCGUAAACUCCUCCCACCACCUCCAAAACCGUGGCACGGAGACGCGAUCGAGUCCUUCAAGAAGGCUAUAGAUAAUGGCGAAGAAAGGAAGCUGCUGUUCAAUAUUUAUCCUCAAAAUGAGUUGGUAAACAUUUUGGGAGAGCUACCGGAACACAUUCCUCGAACUGAUAAGAAGAGUACUAUCCUGGUACUGUGCAUCGCGGAGAAGCGCAUGCUUGAAUUAUACAAAAUGCUGGAAGUUCGAUAUCCGGACUGGAACGUUGCAUGGGAAGGCUCGCGUGGAAAACCGUCGACUCCUGCGAACGCAGACGUGAUGUUAACGACAAUGAGAGGAUUUACCAAGGAGGAGGCGUUCAAGCAUCUUCUAAACCCUCGUGUUCAGGCGAUUAUUCUUGACGAAGUCCAGCAUGGCGGGAAAUCAUUUUGGGAACGACUUUCAUGGCGAUUCGGUGCCAAUGAUCCGUUGCCCUGGGUCAUUGGUCUGACGUCCUUGCAUCCUAAACAGCUUCAAGCUCCCAUGCAAAUGAACGCGCACUUCAAAAAACUUUUCUUCAGACACGAUCUACUUGACGAAUGCAAGGAAAACUGGGAGUGCGAAGUGCGAUUUAGCACCGUACCGACGCACAUAGGUCUGACGAAGCUUGAAUCCUGGAGAUCAAAGUUCAGAACGGAGGAGCUCUCCCCGCUGAUGUCGACACCCGAAAUCAUUUCAACGACUGUUAACGCAUGGGCAGAGCGCUCUGUUUCGAGGAAGUCGACCAUCGUACAAUGCGUGGACUCGUCUCAUUCUCAGGCGCUGGUAGACGCUUUUACAGAACGCCAAGUCGACGCUAGGGUCCUCGGAAAGAACGACGAAAACAUGGAAGCUUUUAGAUCAAACGAAUUCCCCGUCCUUCUUGUUGAAGAUGCACAGCACGUUGAAAACGCUAAUCAUGUUGACAUGGUCAUUCUCGCCAACCCAGUCACUGCCCCAAAUACAUUUAGCCGGAUGUAUUCAAUGGGCACAAUGGCGUCUCCCGGAAAAACGGACUGUCAUGUUGUGGAAAUUGUUGAUACUGAGCGUAAACAAACUGGUGGCCUGCAAUGGAUUCCAAACCCUAUAGCGCAUACACUGUAUACCUGGGCGAGAUUGGACCCUGACCAGCCAUUGAAUAAUGCCUCUAUCGAUGAUAUCAGGGAGCUUAUUGGAGGACCCUCCGACAUCACAUUGCCGAAUCCUAAAAGCCCCUUUCAGAGAAGGCAAGAACAAGCCCAGACAGUCCAGGACGAACAAUCUCGACCGUAUGACUUGACCAAGGUGUCAGAGGAUGGCGUAAAAACUGGUGUGGAACGCGACCUUAGGAUUCUUAACUCUAUGGAAGAUAUUGUAUGGUUCUACUGUGGUAGAUAUGUGUAUGUUACUGAUUUGGGCGAACGGGGCUACAUCGUGGUCGUGGCAAUCGACCCAAACGAAAAAAUCCCACGGCUUCGUUAUCGUGCUAUUCACGAUCCCCAUCCGCUCGACGGAGGUGCCAUCCUCGAGAUCUCUAGCACUCGGGCAGAUAUGCUUCUUAAUCUAGUCAAUUUAACACCCGACGAGGGUCUUUCGAUCACCAAAACCAAGAGCGUCGUUCACAAGUACAUAUUACAGGCGAUGAAGAUGAGACUGACCACCCUGAGAGGAUGGGAGCGAGUUGGUCUUAACACUCGACAGAUGGCAGCUAUCAAGCGCCUCUGGCCAGUGGAAACGGUAGACAGUAUCCGCAUCAAUGGGCAAGGGAUACCCAGGGAUGAAUUUCUGACUUGGAUGUCUCGCCUCAACGGUUCAUCUUUAUUGGCUUGUCUACGGAGCGGUAUCCCUAACGAGGAGCAUCCCGUUUUAUCCAAGCGUACAAUUCAUAACGUGGCAAUCAGGCUACGAAAGGGAUCAAGGAGGUGGGACAGCGUCCAAAGCACGAGGUUUCUUAAAAGGCAAGCUAAACAAAGGAGGAAGGACCUUAAGAAGAAGCGUCUAAAAGAGAAGAGAGAAGCUCAAAUGGAGCGCAGAGCAAAAAAGGCGGCGAAACAGGCGAAGUAA